AUUGGUUGUGAGUGUGAGCGGGAGGACAAUGGCGGCGCUGAGUGAGUUCCCGGAGCUGAAGGAGGUGAAGCGGGGCCUGAUGGCGGUGAGCGGCCUGUGCCGGGAGCGGGGCCUCCUGCAGAGCGGCAAGUGGGCUUCAGAGUUGGCCUUCUCCCUGGAUCCUCUUCCUAAAGAUGAAAUGCCAGCUGCCCCAACGUUAACAGAGGAAGACCUGGUGGAUUUGGAUGCCUACACGUUAGCCAAGUCGUACUUUGAUUUGAAAGAGUAUGAUCGAGCAGCCUAUUUUCUCAAAGGCUGUCAGAGUCAGAAGGCCUACUUCCUGUAUAUGUAUUCCAGAUAUCUGUCUGGAGAAAAGAAGAAAGAUGAUGAAACAGUGGACAGUCUGGGACCCUUGGAGAAAGGACAAGUGAAGAAUGAGUCUCUGAGGGAAUUGCGAGUUGAACUGAGUAAAAAGCACAAAGCCAGGGAAUUGGAUGGAUUUGGACUAUACUUGUAUGGAGUAGUCCUGCGGAAACUGGACUUGGUUAAAGAAGCCAUUGAUGUGUUUGUGGAAGCAACACAUAGUUUACCUCUGCACUGGGGAGCUUGGCUCGAGCUAUGCAAUCUCAUUACUGAUAAGGAAAUGCUCAAGCCCAUGGUGCUUCCCAACACAUGGAUGAAAGAAUUCUUCCUGGCUCACAUCUAUACAGAGCUGCAGUUGAUUGAGGAGGCAUUGCAAAAAUACCAGAACCUCAUUGAUGCUGGCUUCUCCAAAAGCACUUACAUCAUCUCCCAGAUUGCUGUAGCUUAUCAUAAUGUUCGAGAUAUUGAUCGAGCUUUAACCCUUUUCAAUGAGUUACGGAAUCAGGACCCAUAUAGGAUAGAAAAUAUGGACACGUUAUCCAACCUGUUGUAUGUUCGGAAUAUGAAGCCCGAGCUCAGCUAUCUGGCUCACAAUCUUUGUGAAAUUGACAAGUAUCGAGUGGAAACCUGCUGUGUGAUUGGCAAUUACUACAGUUUAAGGUCUCAACAUGAGAAAGCAGCCCUGUACUUUCAAAGAGCACUGAAGUUAAAUCCUCGUUACCUUGGUGCUUGGACGCUGAUGGGUCAUGAGUAUAUGGAGAUGAAGAACAUAUCAGCAGCUAUUCAGGCUUACAGGCAUGCUAUUGAGGUGAAUAAACGCGAUUACAGAGCUUGGUACGGACUGGGACAGACGUAUGAGAUCCUCAAGAUGCCGUUUUAUUGUUUGUAUUAUUACAGACGAGCCCAUCAGCUCAGACCGAAUGAUUCUCGAAUGCUCAUCGCUUUGGGUGAAUGUUAUGAAAAGCUGAAUCAGCUGCCUGAAGCCAAGAAGUGUUACUGGAGGGCGUUUUCGGUUGGUGAUGUUGAGAAAAUGGCGCUGGUCAAACUAGCAAAGAUUCACGAGCAGUUAGGUGAAUCCGAUCAAGCAGCACAGUGCUACAUCAAAUAUGUCCAAGACAUCUGUGAUUGUGGGGAGAUUCUGGAGCAUCAUGAAAUGAGCACUGCAUUUAGAGCUCUGGCUCAGUAUUAUUUCAAGUGUAAACGAUGGGAUGAGGCAUCAGUUUGUGCACAGAAAUGCUGUGAUUACAAUGAUACUAGAGAAGAAGGAAAAGCUCUCCUGAGACAAAUUUCACAGCUUCGCAGUCAAGGUGAUGUGACAACACCCAUGGGUGCUGACAUAUCACGGACAUUUGUCCCUGGAGUCAAUACCCCUUCUGCAAAACUGCCACCACUCAAUUUAUCUUCCAUCACACCAUGAACGUGUCAGUGCUGCUAUCAGAAACCAAUACAUCUCCCACUAUUGGCUUUGGUAUAGCCUCAAUAACCGAGGGCAUGUCAUUUGCUACUAUUUGGAACUUUUAUUUCAUGGAAAGAGAUUAUGUUCAAGUUUACUGCAUAUCUGUAAAUAUUAAAGUGUUU